AUGCCCGAUACUCGGCUCAACCCGCCACCGACAAAUCCCCCGACGCCGGCCAAGUCCCAGCGCGUGCUGUCGUGUGUCCUCUGUCAGCAACGCAAGAUCAAGUGUGACCGUACAUUUCCUUGCGAAAACUGUCUCAGAGCAAAGGUCCAAUGCGUCCCAGCCAGCCAGCUUCCCCGCCACCGCAAACGCAGGUUCGCUGAGCGUGAGCUCCUUGAUCGACUGCGCCAGUAUGAGAGCCUUCUCCGCCAGAACGAUAUCAAGUUCGACUCGCUCCACGGGGGUUCGACUGCGGAAGGUGACAGCCGCCAAAGUGUUGAGACAGAGGCCGAGAUUGUGAAUGAGAACAGCCGAGAAUCGUUUGCUCCUUUCCCAACACCUCAGUUUUCACAGGGAGGAUAUCAGGCAAAGAGCUUCUGGAAAGCUAUGAAUGAGUCGCCCGAACCGGAAAGUGGAACUACUCCGGCUCCCCCUGAUAUGAAUGAGAGUGUCGUCAAGAAGACAUGGGACCAGGUCUUCGAGCCCAGCACCUCCUUAUUUGGAUCCCAAAAUACAUAUCUCGACCUUUCAGACCUGCAUCCAGAACCCUCACAGAUCUUCAGACUUUGGCAGAUAUACCUCGAUAACGUCGAUCCCCUGUUCAAGGUUACCCAUACGCCCACCCUUCAGAGUCGCAUCAUCGAAGCUAUUACGAACCUGAAAGACAUCAAGCCUGCCCUUGAGGCUCUCAUGUUUAGCGUAUACUGUAUGGCUACUUUAAGCGUCAUGUCAUAUGAAAGUGACGCCUUGGUCGGCCCGCCCAAGGACAAGACCCUGGCAAAGUACCAGGAUGCCUGUCGCCAGGCGCUCAUUCGCGCCCAGUUCCUGCGCUCCGAUGACCGGGACUCCUUAACCGCAUUAUAUCUUUACAUAGUGAGUUUAAUGCUCUAG